CAACACAACUCACCACAAAACACACAAUUCAAUCUAAAAAAGAUAAAUAAACAAAACCAAAAGAUGAAUUCCACAAAGUUUACUGUGUUUCUCGUGAUUGGUGUUUUGUGUGCCAUUGUCACCGCAAGGCAGGUCGAAGAAGUCUCCAAAGAGACCAAACUUGGCACCUCUAACUCAAAAGCUGCUACCAAAGGCAUUGGAGCUGAGCUUUCUGUUAAUGCCACCACUACAAGCUAUAGUGAUGGCUUUAGCUAUGCUAGUGCUAGUAGGAGUCCGAAAGGUCCACGCGCUGAUGCAUAUGGAACUGGCUACACGGCUACCAGCGGAGAUGUCGCUGCUAAGGGUCGCAACGCCAAUGCUUCUUCUACCAGUGGUUCUUCCGCUCAAGGCGGCGCUGCAGCUGUCGCGAACCGCAAAGGUGCUGCUGCAACUGGAAACGGUAACGCAGGUUCGGCCUCCACUGCGAAGGGCAGCACCGGCAGCAAAGGAAAAAAGAAGAAUUGAGCUGUGAGGUGAUUCAUGCUCAUUGCUCAAACCUACCGUAUAUAGAAAUUACAAACUCACGAUCUCUUCGGUGUUCAUAAAUAAAACCAGAGAUUGUCACACCUUUAAUAAUUAUCAUUACUACUCUUUCUAUGUAAUGCCAAUCUUAUAAAUAAAACAAAUGCAAUAAUUACGACCUUAUG